AAUGCAUUGAGUUUUUUGGGUCCAUAAAAGCACUCAACACUUAACAAAGAGAUCGCACAUUAAGUUCUUAUAGCUAGUUAUGGACACAACAUAUAGUCUGAAAGCCGUAUGCGAUGUGAUGUCAAAUCUGUGUCAAUACAUUACCUGUGGAUUAGUCCACAAAGAGGAUGGAGAUGAUAGUGAAAGGUCACCACUUUUAAGACCUUCACCGCAACGCACAACAACCCAACCGACUCUAUCUAACCACUACUGGGAAGGUUCAAUAAGUGGCGCCAAAGAGGUUGUAGUGAAACAAAUGCCAGACGAAGACGUGAAACAAAUCACAUAUUUCAGCCAAAGAGCGGCCGAAGCCGUUCGCAAGGGAUUUCAAAUCGAUUGCAACGAAUCAGUUAUCGUCGCCUUUAAUCCAUAAACUUAUGGACCGAAACAAUCAUCAC